GGGACCUAGAAGCGAGUGUAAAGAAAUCAAUUAGUUUACACUGGCUCGGAAAAAUAUAGUGGAUAUUGGAAAUUGUUGUAAAUACGGCCUUGAACGACAAGUCGUGCGUGUGAUUCGUUGUGGGAUGUACAAACGUAGGCGGGAACUCCGCACCUAGUCUUAUUUAAUAAUCAAGUGAAAACUGCAAUAUCGAUUAUUUUAUGAAUCAAUCUGAGGACCUCAAAGAGCGUGUACGUGUUCUUCAGCAAGAGCUUGAAAGGAAACGUCUACUUCUUCAGAAAGCUGAGAAAAAGCCAAAGUCUGCUUGUAUUCGCCGUUCGAGCACUUUGUUACCUGUUGUCGAAGAGACAUCUUCUGAGGUAAGCGUUCCUGAAUGUUCUGGUGAAUUUUUAUGUGAUGAAAACGUUACUGUCACCACAGCGAAUUUCAUCAAUAUUAAAUCUUUGGAAUCGAGCGAAUCAUCGAUGCAAGGUAUAUUUAUUCAGCCUGUCGAUCAAGAAUGCUGUAAACGCAUAGCAUCAUGUGUUUUUGGAUCCUGUGUUCCACUCCUGGAUACUGUGUUAAUUAGUUUGUAUGACUCUGAUCAUGUGCUUAGCUUGUUCUUACUCUCACUAUGUAACUUUGAUUCUCAGUUGUUAUGGGAAAAGAGGUUGUAUGUCUCCAAAGUAGUACUACUGGAAACAGUUGUACUCCCGAAAUGUCCCGGUGAUGAAUAUAUGAAAAUCGGCAUCUUGUUGGCUGAAAAACAUUCAUCAAACAAUAUACCAGUCGUAGUCUUAUCUUUGUUUAUCUUUUCUGUUCCAAUUUCUUUCAACUUCCAACUCAAUAACGAUUUGUAUCAGUCAUACCUGAUAGAUGUUCAAAUCUUUCCUUUAUUGAGUGAAAAUAUUCACAAAAGUGAUAUUCAUUCUUCAACCAUUGUUUAUGAUUUCUGUACCAAUGAUAAAAACGAUUUUAUGUUUAUAUUGUGUGUUCCCGAUCUACUUUCAUAUGCUGUUUUUCAACUCUCAUCUGACGGAAGAUUCUGUCUAGUUCCUAUUUCAUAUCAUCAUGUAAUGGGUGUCUAUCAGCCGAAACUUAAUUCUUGGUUCACUGCUUUAAGUCACUGUUCAGAAACGUCACCAUCGUUGACAUCACAGCCAAUUUUUAUUCUGGGCAUCCAUUUCAGUCCAUCAUCAAUGGAACUUGUUGGUUAUCUAAUACGCACGAAUAACAGUGAUAAACAUGUUUUAACUGACUUUUCAUCAGAACAGUUCAUGUUCAGUAAACUAAGUCAGGAUACAUAUUUAAGUGUACCUGUCAAACCAUGUUCUAAACUCUUACUAACUGUAUCAGAUAAACGAUCGGAUUUUUUAAUAUUUUCGAUCCUAGUAAGAAGCUAUUCACUACAUUCAACAUGUAUUUAUUAUUUUACUAUGGGUGUUGUGUCAAUAGUAGGUGGUAAACCUCGUGGGUCUGUUCUACGGCUAAUUCCCAUAUAUACUGACCAUCAGGAUAUGCACGGAUUAGAGUUAGGCUGGAGCCUUUUCAGUUCACACAAAACACAAUACAGUCAGUGCUUGUUAAAAUUUAUGUCUUCGUCGUCUGAACAGAAAAACUUAAUUAUUAGUACUUGGUCUGUGGACAAACUAGUUGCACAUUCUUGUGAUAUACUAUCCGAUGAUGUUAUGCAAUUUUCUUUUAACCUACCUGAGGUUACUAAUCCCUUAACUUUAUUCAUUUUGUAUAAUUCCACUCAAAUUUUUUCUAAUCAAAUCUGUACGUUCUAUUAUAGUCGUAAUCUAAAUAAAAUUAUAGAAUUACGCAGUUCGUAAAUAUUGUUCUUUGGUUUUCUUUUCAGAGAAAAGUAUGCAAAUUGAGAGAACAUUCGAAUAUUUUUUUGUAAUAAAAUAGAUUAUUAAAUACAAGUUAUAUUUGUAU